CCCAUGCUCUUCGACUCUGCGGUCGAGGAGUCCCUCCAGAACCUGGCGGACGCGCGCGACGACCAGGGGGCCAAAGACCCCAGCGACGCCGCUGGCGAGUCCGAGAUGGUGGUGCUCCGGAAGAGGAUUCUUUGAUGGACGAGGUUCGCGAGAGUGAACGGCGGCGCACGGUCAUGGAGCUCCUGUAUCUGAAGGUGUGCGCUAGAUUCGUGAAGCUGCAGGUCCCUCUCGUGAAGCCGAUGCCGGCCUCUGGAGGCGUCGUGCAGCUCGGCUCCGCGAACCUCAAGGUGCUCACCGAUGAGCUCUACUCCAAGGAUGCCCUGGCCCUGGUCCGUGAGCACCUGAUGCAGUUCGCAGGGCCAGGCGACGUGACGUGGACUUCCCCCAUGGGCAGCUGGGUGAUGAUCCCACUUCUCCAGGCGGGCCAGGUGUACGCCAUCUCGGCGAUGUUCGGGUAUUACCUCAGGCAGAUGGACGCGAGGUAUCAGCUGGAGAAGCUCGUCGGGGCGGCUAGCGGCGACACUUCUGGCUCGGACGAGGAGGACAGGACGCUGAAGGAGUACAUCUCUACCUUCGGCGAGGCGGAGAUGAAGCGCAUGACGAACAUAGCAUCCGUGGAGGGUCGGUUGGCCCUGGAGGCUCAGGUCGCUGCCCUGUUCGGGGACCUCAGGGUCUUGAAGGAAAAGUUCGCCGCUGCGAUCGGACCAGUGUUCAGUGAAGAGGAGGCCAUCGGGAUGAACCCCCCCGAGAUGCUCUGGUUGACCUGGGGUUGGGAUCCACGUGGGCCUGACCCCACUUCCCCUUCCUCCGCGGACCGGGGUUCGGGAGCUGCUGUGUGGCCGGCCCAGGUUCGCGACUCGGCCUUGGCUGCCUUUGGUCAGCGCCGAGCAGGGUUACAGCUGGCACGAGGAUGAAGAACAGCCUUGGCCUUGCAGGGGUACCCUGCGCUCUUCGUGCUUUUUCGCUUUCCACCCUGUAGCUGUUCCUCGUUUUG